AGAGAAGGAGAGAGAGAGGGAGAGAGUGCGCUCUCACAUCGAUUUGCACAGGCGCACUGAGUUCUCCUGGCGGACGUUGGACACUUUUCACUUUGUUGUCCGGCUGACCAACAUGCUCAUCAACUAUUUGCUGCUGCUGGCGUUGAGCGGGUGGCGCGGUGACAUCAUCGCGGCGUACGUCUUUCAGGCCAGCCGACUCGUUGACGGUGGAGAUGGCACGCCCGUGCACACUAAAGUAGUGUCGGAGUGGGUGAGCUCGUCAGGUUCGUGCAAGGGUCGCUGCUUCGAGCUGGAGGAAGCCGAGCCUCCGGGAUGUCGGUGUGACAACUUGUGUAAAACCUACUACAGCUGCUGCUCUGACUUUGACCAGCAAUGCCUCAAAACGGCGGGACGCUUCGAGUGCCGUCCGGAGCGUUGUGGCGAGGACAGGAUAGACGAGCACGCCUGUCACUGCACGGAUGACUGUCUGGAGAAAGGAGACUGCUGCUCCAACUACAAGGCUGUUUGCAAAGGCGAGGAGUCGUGGCUCCAAGGAGACUGCAAGGAGAUGGUCAGUGCCGAGUGUCCUGCUGGUUUUGUUCGCCCGCCUCUCAUCAUGCUGUCUGUGGACGGCUUCCGAGCAUCCUACCUGAAGAAGGGCGUCUCCGUCACACCCAACAUCCAGAAACUCAGAUCAUGCGGGACGACUGCUCCAUACAUGCGGCCUGUCUACCCGACCAAGACCUUCCCAAACUUGUACACAUUGGCCACGGGCCUCUACCCGGAAUCCCACGGGAUCGUUGGGAACACCAUGUACGACCCGGUCUUUAACGCCACAUUCAACCUGCGGUCCAGAGAGAAGCUCAACCAUCGCUGGUGGGGCGGGCAGCCGAUCUGGAUCACGGCCAAGGAACAAGGCGUCAAAGCCGGAACCUUCUUCUGGCCCUGGGUUAUCGAACUAGAGAGACGCAUUCUCACCAUCCUGCAGUGGCUGCAACUGCCCGACCAACACAGGCCUUACGUCUACGCCGUGCACUCGGAGCAGCCCGACACGUUCGGACAUCGCUGGGGUCCGCUGAGCAGUGAGCUGGACAACACACUGCGCCAGAUUGACGGCGUGAUCGGUCAACUUAUGAACGGCCUGAAGCAGAUGAACCUCCACCGCUGCGUCAACGUCAUUGUCGUGGGUGACCACGGCAUGGAGGAGGCACACUGCGACCGCACCGAGUUCCUCAGCAGCUACCCGCUCAACAUCGAUGACAUCACCCUCAUCCCGGGCUCGCUGGGCAGGAUCCGGCCUCGGGACGGCAAGUCCGCCACCUAUGACCCUCAGCAGGUGGUGGCCAACCUGACGUGCAAGACGGCCACACAGCACUUCACGCCUUACCUCAAGCAACAUCUGCCCAAGAGACUCCAUUACGCCAACAACCGCCGCAUUGAGGAUGUGCACCUGCUCAUGGAGAGGAAGUGGCACGUUGCCAGGAAAAUGCCAGAAAAGAUGCGCACCCGCUGCGGCUUCUUCGGCGACCACGGCUUCGACAACAAGAUCACCAGCAUGAGGACCAUCUUCGUGGGACACGGGCCCAGUUUCCGCUUCCGCACUCAAGUGCCCGAGUUUGACAACAUUGAGCUUUACAACGUCAUGUGCGACCUUCUGGGCCUGAAGCCGGCGCCAAACAACGGGACGCACGGAAGCCUGAACGCCAUGCUGAAGUCGCCGCCCUUCCAGCCCGUCAUGCCGGAUGAGGUGUCGCCGCCCGCACAGGAGGAGGAGGCGGCGGCCCUCACCUUUGACCUCGGCUGCAGCUGCGAUGACGAGAACAAAGUGGAGCAGAACGUGGAGGCCUUUAGCACUACUCAAGAUGGCGUCAAUGACUACAACGUAACCCAGCUGCCGUUCGGCCGCCCCGCUGUCAUGUUCGAGGCACGCUACGCGUUGCUGCAUCACUCGGACUUUGUCAGCGCCUAUAGCCGCGAGUUGGCCAUGCCGCUGUGGACGUCCUUCACGCUGAUGCCGCAGGAGGACGCGACUCCUCUUCCGGCAGCUUCCGCCAGCGGUCCCUGCCUGCGGACGGACCGGCGAGUGUCGGCCGAGCACAGCGCCAGCUGUGGCGCCUACGAGCGUAACGGCCUCCUAGGCUACGGCUUCCUGUUCCCGCCCGAGUUGGCGUCAUCGCCCGAGUCCAAAUACGAGGCGUCACUCAUCACCAACACUGUGCCCAUGUUUCCCGCCUUCACUCGAAUCUGGCGUUACCUGCAAGGGGCACUGCUGAGGCGCUACGCACAGGAGAAGAGCGGCAUCAAUGUCCUGGCCGGACCUGUCUUUGACUACAACUACGACGGCCGCCGAGAUAGCCUGGAGGAAAUUCGAGAGUCGUCUACUGGCACGCCGCCUGUGCCCACCCACUACUUCACCGUGGUGACCAGCUGCCGGCAAGCCAACCUAACACUAGACGAGUGCGACGGUGACCUGAGCGUCUUCUCCUUCCUCAUUCCUCACCGGGACGACAACAGCGAGACCUGCAAGGGCGAAGGCGGUGAGCAUCUUUGGGUGGAGGAGCUGCUGCAGCUUCACACGGCCAGGGUUCGAGACGUGGAGAUCCUCAGCGGGCUCGACCUCUACCGGGCCCACAACCAGAGCUACAGCGGCAUCCUCAGCUUCAAGACGUACCUGCACACCUUUGAGCUGGACGACUGAGGCCCGCACGACUUGGCUCGUGCCGUGGCGAGAAACGCAGGAGCGGCUGACGUCAAACCUCCCGGCACCCAGACAAGAACAGACGCAAGACAGCCAUUUCACCGACGCCUGACCGACCGACACCUGACCCAACCGGCACAGACACCUGACGGAAAGCAGCCCGAGCGUCUGACACCCGACUGACUGACAGCUGAACGACAGACACCCAACCAGGAGACCGAGCGACACCCCACCGAGAGAUGGCCGACUUGCUGAUGUCUGACAAAGAGACAGAACUCCGUACGACCUUCAUUGCCGCCUGCCGUUCCUGAAUAGAAAGCAAGUGGGCGUGGCUAAAUACAGCAAACAAAACACGGACAUGUGCACCUCACGAUGGCUUUGGUUCAGCUCACUGACUUUUUGUUUACCCCCAUUGUUGCUUCUGGCGCCUCGCCUCCCCGCUUUUCGUUUACGUCUGGCUCCCAUGUCUUAUUUAACACUCAACAAAAUAACGGUUACUUGACUUUGGGAUGAACUCGUUUGCUGUUCAUAGAGAAAAAAAAAAGUUCAAACGCCCUGACUGGCUAAUCUGUUCUUUCUUUAACCAUUGCUUGUUAAUUUCUGUUUCAAUUGGCUUAUUUUGCCAGGUUUGUUUUAGCCAGCAUUCAUGGUUCAUUCCACUUGAUGGUUACGACGUAAUAAAAGUGUGAAAUGAG